AGAAUGACGACUAUUGAAAAGGAUAUUGAUCAUGUUUUAUAUUGAGGGAAAUUAAUUUUCGUUAUAUAUGGUUAUCGUUUUAUCGUCCAGCCCUACUAUGAACCAUCCGGACCGCAAAGAUCACCUGGUCCAGGUCUGAACAAACUACGAAAGCUGAAACUCUGAGCUCCUUUAAUCCAGACUGAGACAAACCUGCUGAUCAUGAACAGGUUAUAGUAAGGUCAGCUCUACAGGUAUAUUAACUUUUAUAUAUUUGUGUUAAAAACAACUGUCUUAAUAACCAAACUCCUCUGUUUAGACCUAAUUUUCUCUCACUUUGGUCUCUGACUGGUGUUUUUAAUCAUUUUAAAAGGCUUUAAUUACCUUGUUGUCACAUAAAUAAACUCUUUUUACAGCUGAUGACAAAGUUAAAAUAGAUGAUAAAUGCUAACAUGCUGCAUUAAACUCCAGAUUUACUGAAGAGACUCAAACAUCAUCCUCUCACUGAUAAACAUUAAAGUUUCCGGUUUAAACUUCUUUAAUCCUGUUGUUUAUCGGACUAGUUUCAGUUUUUAAACCUCUAAAAUGUAAACAUUAUUAAUGCUAACAUUAGCCGAAGCUAAGCUAACUCCGUCCGUGACUCAGCGCUGAAUGAGUUAGCCUAGCAUUAGCACAGCUAAGCUAACAGAGAAAGCUGAUUAUUAUUCUGUCACCUUUUGUUGUAAUAUUCCUCCAAAGUGUGCCAUUCCGCCGCCAUCUCCGGCGUGGAGCUGCUGCUUUGCUGCUGUUUGAGGUAUCCGCUGACAUCUUUCAUUGUGAAGUUGAGUUUAUUUCUCGGUCUGAUCGAUAAAAGUGAUGAUCUUUAUAUUAGCCUGCUGUGCUACGCUGCUUCACUUCUUCUUCUUCGGUUUAAUUUGACGGUUGAUAUCCUGUUUAAAGGAGCAUUACCGCCACCUACCGGACUAAAGAUUGGAACAACAGCUGUUUAGAUAAUAAAAAAAUAAAAUAAAAUAAAAUCAAUACAACCAAAUUCUGCCGAUUAGCCCUGUCUCAUUCAGAUAAUUGAUUAGGUUUUAUGAGUGUUUGUAUGUUUCUCUGCUUCUGAACGCAAAGGAUGAUUGGAACAUUAUUCGGCGUUUUAAGAGUGGAAAAUUCUCGCUCGAUUUUAUAUCUAUUAAGAAAAUGUUGUUCCCGCUGUUUGGUGUUUUGAUUCCAUAGAUUUGUAUUUUAUUACAAAAGGAAAAAAAACAGAGACACAAACGGACACGGCGCUGAAGUUAGUUUCUCAUUCGUCACUUCCGGGCUCCUCUAUGAUGGAACGCUGCAGUUUUAUUCAGGAGGGACGAAUAUGAUCCGAACUUCGGUGUCGGCACCCGGACACUCUUUUCCUGCCUGAACGCUCCUCUACAGCUGACAUUACGGUACCUAAAAGAGGUCAAAGGACGAACUCUCUCUCUUGUCUGCCCUUUAAACAGGUUGAUAUUUGUGUCUCCGCUCAGUCUCAGGUUAAAGUCAUGCAGCGGAGUUUGAGCUGAUCUCGGUCGGGUUCAUGUCUCCCUCCUUCAGCUCCUCCCGGUUGUUUUCUCCGGUCAGACUGAACUUCUCCCUCAGUCUGAGGAUCAGCAGGACUCUCUCUGUACACGGUCAGUGAUCCACGCAGAGCUGAGAAUAAACGAGGUUUCAUAUUGUUUCUCACAGGUGUGUUUUUACAGGUCAGAGGGGUCAGAGGGGCGUGGCUUCAGGUUCAGGUGCUGCAGCUCCGUGCAGGUAAAUCAAACAUGACAGACAUCAGCAUGUUUCUCCUGAUAAAUCUGAGGAUCAGUGCACAAAGAGAUACAUGUUGAUCAGUCAACAGGAAAGUGUGAGCUAAAAAAAAACCCAAAUAUUAUUACAAAGUUGUUAUCAUGUUAAAAUCUGUUGCAGAGUAAAACUGCUCACAAUCCCAAAGGUCCAGAUCCUGACCCUGACCCAGACCCUGGUCCAGCUCAUAUGGACUUCAGCUAAAACUCGAUGUCAGUGGUUCUCAACUGGUCUCACUCUGCGACCCACAUUUUCCCACGGUCCCUAAGUCACUACCCACUUUUAUAAAAUUCAAACCAAGAAAAUAAAUUAUAAAAAAUCAUUUUAAGACAAAAAUCUUGAACAUAAAUACACUGUUUUUAUUGAGUAAAGUGUAUUUCAGAGCACAUGAUCUGAGGACGACAAUGACUGAAGUUACAUAAACAGAAAAUAUCAAAUCACACAAAAUGGAGACCAGCAACAUGAAAAAUGUGACUUAUCUCUUCAUUCAGAGCAAAUUCAGAAGACCCUGAGGAGGACAAAAGUGAAUAAAAAUCAAAUUAAACAAAAUAAAGACCAAAAAUGUAUGUAUUUUUACUGCAUUCAGGCCACAUUCAUAAGAAACUGAGGAGGACCAGGACAGAACGCAUGCCUUUUAAAAGAAGAUAUUUCCAAAAUAAAAGACAAUCAAACAUCAGAUGAGGAUUAAAUAUUUACUUUUUGCGCCGCAAAUAAUUCGGUUCUUACCGAGACAAAACCAAACUUCGAUUCAGAAGUGUUGGAUCAUUUCUCCUGUUUUCAGACUGAAUUUCUUCUUUGAAGUCUUAAACACUUUAAUCUUAUUUCAAACACAUCCUUCUCUUUUUUUUGUCUCAAAUAAUCAGGAAAUCUUCACAUGAGAAAAAAAAAACUGUUCAAAUCAGUUCUAGUCUGUGUUUUGUUGAACUAAUCUUCAGCUUCAUUUGAUAAAAGUAAGAAAACUAAAUAUGUCAUUGCUUAUAUUUAGCACAUUUCACUUAUUUUGAGGCUGUAAAAGUUCAAUUUUAAGUAAUCCGAUCUUUAAACCGGCAUUUUUGUUUUACUUUAAUCCUUUCAAAUACAUUUUGUAGACAUGCUGAUUUCUAGAUUUAGAUCUUAAUUGAAGAAAUCUUGUCAGGUGAAAUGAUCUUGCUGCACGGACAGAUAAUUUAUCUUGUUUUUAGUCCCUUUUCUCUCAGAUUUAGUGUUUUUAUCUCGUUUUUAGACACUCCUUUUUCACAGUGUGACCAGCUGUUCUCGACCCAUCCAGAACGUGUUCGUGACCCACUUUUGGGUCGGGACCCACCAGUUGAGAACCACUGCUCUAUGUGAUACAAGAAACCAGCGGCUUACAGACUGUCGUCUAUUUCACCCUCUCUUCUUCUUCUUCUUCUUCUUCUUCUCUGCAGAUUGACGCUCCUUCCCUUCAGUCAUGUGACUCGAGGGUUUUUCUCUCGGGGUGGAGGUGAGAAUGGCGAGCAGCUGACCCUGCAGGGUGUGGCUCAAGGCCUCAGAGAGCGCCACUUCAGGAGGGUGGUGGUGAUGGCCGGAGCCGGGAUCAGCACACCCAGCGGGAUCCCAGACUUCAGGUGAGGAGGUUCAGGUGAGGGGGUUCAGGUGAGGAGGUUCAGGUGAGGAGGUUCAGGUGAGGGGGUUCAGGUGAGGAGGUUCAGGUGAGGAGGUUCAGGUGAGGGGGUUCAGGUGAGGGGGUUCAGGUGAGGAGGUUCAGGUGAGGAGGUUCAGGUGAGGAGGUUCAGGUGAGGGGGUUCAGGUGAGGGGGUUCAGGUGAGGAGGUUCAGGUGAGGAGGUUCAGGUGAGGGGGUUCAGGUGAGGAGGUUCAGGUGAGGAGGUUCAGGUGAGGGGGUUCAGGUGAGGGGUUUCAGGUGAGGAGGUUCAGGUGAGGGGGUUCAGAUGAGGAGGUUCAGGUGAGGGGGUUCAGGUGAGGCGGUUCAGGUGAGGAGGUUCAGGUGAGGGGGUUCAGGUGAGGGGGUUCAGGUGAGGAGGUUCAGGUGAGGAGGUUCAGGUGAGGAGGUUCAGGUGAGGGGGUUCAGGUGAGGAGGUUCAGGUGAGGAGGUUCAGGUGAGGGGGUUCAGGUGAGGAGGUUCAGGUGAGGAGGUUCAGGUGAGGGGGUUCAGGUGAGGAGGUUCAGGUGAGGAGGUUCAGGUGAGGAGGUUCAGGUGAGGAGGUUCAGGUGAGGGGGUUCAGGUGAGGAGGUUCAGGUGGUUUCCUGUGUCUCAGCUCUGUAAUUAUGGUCUCCUCUCAGGUCUCCAGGCAGCGGUCUCUAUGACAACCUGCAGCAGUACGAGCUCCCGUACGCCGAGGCCAUAUUUGAGAUCAACUUCUUCCAUCACAACCCGAAGCCGUUCUUCGCUCUGGCUAAAGAGUUAUAUCCUGGAAACUACCGUCCAAACCUGACGCACUACUUUGUGCGUCUGCUGCAGGAGAAGGGUCAGCUGCUCAGGAUGUACACGCAGAACAUCGACGGCCUGGAGAGGCGUACGUGCUCAUGUCCUUACUUCUGAUUGGACAGAAAGAUGGGUCAAAGGUUAAUAUUGAACUCCGCCCUGUGUUGCAGUGGCAGGGAUUCCUCCAGAGAUGCUGGUGGAGGCUCACGGGACAUUUGCCACGGCGACCUGCACUGUCUGCAGGAGGAAGUACAAGGGGGAGGAGCUACGAGUGAGUCACGCAUGAAAACAUGAAACAGCCCAGAUUCACAAAAACGUUCAAUCGAGGGGGAGGGAGAGGAGGAGAGAGGAGGAGAGGAGGAGAGAGGAGGAGAGGAGAAGAGAGGAGAGGAGGAGAGAGGAGGAGAAGGAGGAGAGAGGAGGAGAGAGGAGGAGAGAGGAGGAGAGGAGGAGAGGAGAAGAGAGGAGAGAGGAGGAGAGAGGAGGAGAGGAGGAGAGGAGAAGAGAGGAGAGGAGAAGAGAGGAGAGAGGAGGAGAGGAGGAGAGAAGAGAGAGGAGGAGAGAGGAGGAGAGGAGGAGAGAAGAGAGAGAGGAGAGGAGGAGAGGAGGAGAGAGGAGGAGAGGAGAGAAGAGAGAAGGAGGCAAAUGUAUGUAUGCGUGUGUGUCUGUAAAGCAGAGGGACAGAGGGAGCAAAGAGGCCGUCAGGAUCUGGAGAACCUGAAGUCUAAAUGUAAAUGUUCUUUAUUUAUUCAGCCCUUUAAAAAACCCUCUCAGUGAACCAAAGUUCUUUAUAAUACACAGGAAGUAAAUAAAAACAAUAAAAAAAUAGAAUAAAAUACAAUCAAAUAAAGUGUCACCGCACUACUGGGUAUUAAAAGUCAGCAGAAAUAAAAACGUUUUCAAUCAGGAUUUAAAAAGGUCCAGGUCAGAAAUCAGUCUCAUUUCAGAGUUUAUUCCAGAGUCUCGGACCAGCGGCUGAAACGUCUCGGUCACCUCAGUGUUUGUGUUUUGACCUGGACACCUCCAGCAGAAGUUGGUUUGACGACCUCAGAGCUCCUGAACGGUUAAAAGCUCAGUUACAUAGAUGGAGGCGAGGCCGUUAAGAGUUUUAAAAACAAACUUUAAAAGUUUAAAAUCGAUCCUAAAAGAGACGAGAAGACGAUGAAGAGAGCUGAGGACAGGAGUGAUGUUCUCACGUCUGUUAGUGUUAAAAGACGGGCAGCAGCGUUCGGACGAGUCGACUCAGAGAUGAUCGGGAAAUGCCGACAUAAAGUGAAUUUUAAUCGUCUAAUCUUGACCUGAUUAGAGCGUGGACGGUUAUCUCAAGGUCGUGACGGUUUAAAAACAUUCUGACCUUGGCCAGGAGACGGAGUUGGAAGAAACCCGUCCUGACAACAUGAUGGAUUAGUCAAAAACCAGUCUGGUCCUCAGAUCAGUGUCUCUGUGUCUCUUCCAGCCUGAUGUGAUGAGUGGGACGGUCCCCCGGUGUCCCACCUGUACAGGUGUGGUGAAGCCUGACAUCGUCUUCUUUGGGGAGGAGCUUCCCCGUCACUUCUUUAAAUACCUGACAGACUUCCCUCUGGCAGACCUGCUCAUCGUCAUGGGAACGUCUCUGGAGGUGAUGGAUAGUCCCGCCCCCUCCCUUUUAUUCUUUCAUUUUUCCGCCCCUCUCUGAUUCGCUGCUGUUCCCCCUCUGUCCUGAAGGUGGAGCCAUUCGCCAGUCUAGCGGGUGCCGUGCGGAGCGCCGUCCCUCGUCUGCUCAUCAACAGGGAUCUGGUGGGUCCGUUUGCGUGGCGGCGGCGGCCUCAGGAUGUCGUCCAGCUGGGUGACGUUGUCAGUGGCGUCCAAGCUCUGGUCAACGCCCUCGGCUGGAGUCAGGAGCUCGACGCUCUGAUGGCCGUGAGUUUGAGAUCUACAUCACUGUCCCGUCUGUUUGACGAAAACUCAUUAAAAGGGAAACUACGGUGGCCCUGGAGGUCCAAUACACAAACAACUAAUGAAUACAGAAACCAAUUUACAAUUCUCAAAAAUAUUUUACACAAAAACAUUUUUAAUGAAUUUAAUUUUUUUUACAUUUUAAUGAACAGGAAACUUUUCAUCUCAGAAAAAAAAAACUUUGAUUCGGAUUUUUUAAUAAAUUAAAAAGUUCCAUGAAAAAAAAAAAAAGAUUUCCUGAAACAUUUUUGGGUUGAAUAAAAAUAAUUAUAAUCACAAUUUAAGGGAAUAUUUUUAUUUUUUUUAAGUAGGUUUUGUGUUUCCUAAAAUAUUUUUUCUACCUAUUUCAGUUUUUAUUCAUGUGUUUUAGGAAAAAGUUUUUAUUACUUGGGAAAUAUUUUUGAUUUUGUUUAGUCAGAUACUUUGUGAUAUUUGUGUGUCAAUGUUUCAUAAAUUACUUUAGUAGAUUAAGUUUUAAUAGUCUUUUAAAUUUCUUCAUGAAUUUCUUUAAAGGAACAUUUUUCAGUCAUGAAAUGGUUUAAGUAUUUUUAAAAUAGUUUUUGGUUUUAUAAAAUAUUAUUUGAGUUAUUUUAUUUCAUGUGUUGGAGAUUUUUCAAAAAGAUUUUUCUGAUACUUAAAUAUAUUGUAGUGUUUAAUAAAAUAUCUUGCGUUUUAUUAAAUUAUUAUUAUUAUUAUUAUAUAUAUAUAUUUUUUUUUUUUGGGGGGGGGGGGGUGUUGUUGUUGUUUUUGUGGUCCUGGAAUAAUUUUUUGCCUUCCUAAAAAUAUUUUUGUGUUUUUUUUAAAUGAUUUUAGUCUGACUGAGUAUGUUUCUCAUGUUCUCAGUUUGUGUGUGUCCCUUUGAGGCCGCCGUAUAAAUCUCAUUAAACUUGAAACAGAUGAAGGUUUUGAUUAAAAGUGUGCAGACAGGUGUUUGGGUCCAAAGUUUGGAGGCAGAUUAACGUUCAAAGGUUUUUGUUAUUGAUUAAUUUAUUAUUUUAAUUAUUUUUUUUUUUAUCUUCAGGCCUCAACAGAACCGGAGGAGUGAGUGGACCACAGCAGCAGCAGCAGCAGCAGGUUGGACUCGAUCAGCUGCAGGUUUAGAGACUGAAAAAACUGAUCAACUCUGAGUGGAUGACCUUAAACUCAGAUUAUUGAUAACACCAGAGGACUCAUUCAUAGGAACUGAUUCACAGAUCAAUAAUAACGAUGUUCAGACACACCUGACCUCAACACAGGUGAGUCAAAGUCCCAGCAGGUCCUCCGGGUCUCAACAGAGGUCAGAGAAAAAGAGGGUUUUUGAUUUUUCAUGUUUUGUUUCAGACCUGCUUAACUGGACAUUGACAACAUGUACAGUAUCAUGUUUUAUUGAUCAGCGAUUAGCUCCUUCAAAUAUGAAACCCUGAUAAAGAUCAUUAAAGUGACAGGAAGUGCAGGAAAA